AUUUAAACCCACAUCCAGUUUCCACUUUCUCUCCAAUUUCUCUUUAUCCAAACAAAGAACAAACCGGAGAACCAACCGAAAGCCUAAAACGAUGGCGUUUCGUCUCAGUAACAACCUGGUCGGAAUCCUCAACUUCAUUACGUUCCUCCUCUCGAUCCCCAUCCUCGGCGCCGGCAUCUGGCUGAGCCGAGAAGGCGUAACGGAAUGCGAACGGUUUUUAGACAAGCCCGUGAUCGUAAUCGGAGUCUUCCUCAUGGUGGUCUCACUGGCGGGACUAAUCGGCGCGUGCUGUGGCGUGUCGUGGCUGCUCUGGCUUUACCUCGUCGUCAUGUUCCUCCUCAUCUUACUCGGCAUCACCUUCACCAUCUUUGCUUUCGUGGUGACGAAUAAAGGGGCGGGAGAAGCGUUGUCUGGGAAAGGGUAUAAGGAAUACCGACUUGGUGAUUACUCAAACUGGUUGCAGAAGAGAGUUACUAAUCAGAAGAAUUGGAAUAAGAUUAAGAGCUGUUUGGCUGAUAGCAAAGUUUGUACUGAUUUCCGUGAAAAAUAUCUCAAUGAUACUGUCGCUGAAUUUUACCAGGAACACUUGUCCGCCGUUCAGUCUGGUUGCUGUAAGCCAUCAAACGACUGUCAAUUCACCUAUGUUGGGCCCACUAACUGGACUAAAGAGAAUGGCGUCUAUACCAAUAGUGACUGCAACCUGUGGGAUAAUAACCCGAAUACUCUGUGCUUCAACUGCCAAGCAUGCAAGGCUGGAUUCAUAGACAACCUCAAGAGUUCUUGGAAGAAGGUGGCGGUUAUCAACAUCGUAUUCCUCGUCUUCCUCAUCGUUGUCUACUCUGUUGGCUGCUGUGCUUUCAGAAACAAUAGGAGAGACAAUGCUUUUCAGCAAGGGUGGAAGCCUUGAGCUUGUUUUCGUUCUUAGUUUCCGAUUUCGGAUGUCGGCACGUAGGGUUUAGUUUGUUGGAUUUCCUAUUAUUUUCUGCACUGUAUUUUAGCGUCUAUGAUUGCAUUUGGAUCUUCCAUUGUAUAGCUUUCGGUUCCCUGUCAUUUGGAUAUAUAUGAUCGUUUGUAUGUUUAUUUAAACGCUCUCACUCUCAAAUUUGUUUUUAAUUGUCAUCGUUCUGUAAAUUCAGUGCAUCAUUAUUUAUCACUGAUGUUGAUGUUUUCAAGUUUC